GAGGGGAAAAGUAUUCCUGUUUUGUUUUUUGUUUUUUGUCGUCUGAGAAAACUAUAUUUCCCAUCAUUCAUAUAUGAAACACGUCACACCGGAAACAUUCUGAAGGAAAUUUUACUGGUUGUUUUAGCGAGGUCGCGGAAUUUAAGAUAGCGCCGAUGAUGGCAGUGGACUGGGCUGGAUAUGGAUAUGCAGCCCUCGUUGCGUCUGGAGGAGUCAUGGGUUAUGUCAAAGCAGGCAGUAUCCCUUCUUUGACAGCUGGUCUGCUAUUUGGUGGACUGGCAGGAUUUGGUGCCUACCAGAUAUCACAAAACUCCCAAAACAUUUGGGUGUCUUUAGCUACAUCAGGAACCUUGGCAGCUAUCAUGGGAAAAAGAUUUUACAACUCUCGGAAGAUGAUGCCUGCGGGUAUAGUGGCUGGAGCAAGUACCUUGAUGUUGGCAAAGCUUGGUAUUGGAGUCCUGCAAAAGCCUCAAGAUUCAUGACUGGUCCUAAAAAUAAAUCAUAUUUUUUGUUUAAUCUAUGUACCUAAUCUAUAUUGUAUUUAGAAUAAUUUGACAUAAUUGCAGGAUUUAUAAAAUGUUCAAUACAUUAUAAAAUAAAGCAAAAAUGAAUUCUGCA